CAAAUCUCUAAUUACAUGAAUCACAUAAUCGUAUCAACGAAGAAAAAACAAGGCUUUAAUUUUGAUACCGUGUCAUUCUGGCAUACCGCGCAUACCCGAGACUUUCACGCAUGCGUCGUACGCAUAUCAUCGCUAACAGUGAUAGCGGUAGUGGUGGUGGUGGUGGUGGUGAUGAUGAGGGACGGUACCGGUUCGGUUCGGUUUUACUGCACCGCGGGCGCCGGUAUGGAGGCGUUUCUGCUGGACGAGGUGAAGCGCAGGCUGAAGGCUACAGAGGUGGAACACAUCCCUGGAAGGGUGUUUUUCCGCUGCCACUCAAACCUACAUGAAGUGUUGCAACUCAGAUCGGCAGAGAGGCUCUUCCUGCUUCUGCGUAAAGCUCCACCCACUUCCUUACCCACCACUCCAGCAAAGGCAGCAAGCGUGAUACAGCAGAGGAUUGUGGGAAAUCCAGACGAGUGGAGCGACGCUUUGUCCACCUGGUCCUCACUGCAGGUGGCGCUUAAUGGCUCUGAGGGGCGGGGCCAGAAGAGAAAGCGUGAGGAGGAAGAAGAGAGUUUGAAUCGUCCUUCUUUCAGAGUGAGCUGCCGCUGCAGUGGAGCCAUCGCUCGCUCUUAUAACUCCCAGACCCUGAAUCGUAUGAUUGGGCUGGCCAUCAAUCGACAGCUUGGAUGGAAAGCUGACCUUCGGGAUCCAACUGUUGAGGUGAAUGUGUAUUUAAGUGAUGAUCACUGCGUAGUCGGCAUUCCUCUCUUGAGGCAGCCUCUAGCCAGUCGCACUUAUCUGAAGCACACCGGACUCAGGUCCACUAUAGCCUGGGCAAUGGCAUCUCUCUGUAACCUCCAGGAGGACUCGAUAGUUUUAGACCCCAUGUGUGGAGUUGGCACCAUAUUGAUGGAGGCAGUGCAGGAGUGUCCGAAUGGUGUGUUUAUAGGGAUGGACAGUGAUGAAGCUCAGUUACACAAAGCUGUAGAGAAUGUACAAGCUGCUGGUCAGGAGGAGAGAGUUCUGUUAAUCCAGGCCUCCUGCAUGGCGACGCCGCUGCCUUCAGCUUCUGUAGACGUGGUGGUGUGUGACGUUCCUUUCGGCAGGAAGUUCAGCUGCGGAGUCGACAUGGCGACUGCUCUUCCAGACAUUCUAGCUGAGAUGGAGAGAGUUCUCCGUCAAGGUGGAACCCUGGUUCUCCUGCUCAGUCUGCAGCUUUCAGUCCUGAUUAAGAAACUCAUCCAAUCAGACGCUCCGGAUGCCUCGGAGGCGUACGCGGGGGGAGGUCGUGACACGGAGAAAUCCAAGGCUACGUUUGAUUCGCUACUCCUGCAGAGCAAACACAGAGUGAGCCUCGGGAGCACCGACGCUCUCAUACACACCUACAUGAAGAGACACACCACAUAGCAAGGGUUGUGUGUGUUUAGAGAACCGACAGGGUGUACUUUUUUUUUUUGUCAUAUUUUUGGAGGCAUAAAGAUUUCUGUUUAUUUACACGUUAGGUCUGAGGUCACUUUGGUGCUUGGACCCCUAAAUAUAAUAAAGCCUCUGUGACAAAAUUAGAAACUCCUUGUCCAUGCUUCACUGACAUCUGGGGGUCUCUGGAAAACCAUGUAGAGAAGCAGUGCUCUGGUGUACAUAUCUGGUACCUUUUUAAAAAUUUCUCUUGGAAAUGUCAAAGAAAUAUUUGUAGUGUAGGGAGGAGAGAGUGAAUUUACACCUUUUUAGAAUCAUUUGGACAUUUAUUGCUCUAAGAGACUGAGUCUCUCUCUGACUGUGGCUCACUCUUUCUGACUUCAUGUGUCUCUCUGACUGCAUCUCUGUCUCUCUCUCUCUCUCUCUCUCUCUCUCUCUCUCUCUCUGUCUGUCUCUCUCACACACACACACACAUUUUAUUAGCCACUUUUCAUAAACCUCAGUACAUACCUCAACCUCAACAUAUUUUUAUCAUUAACAUUAUUUGUUCUUAUACCGUUCUAGCUAAAAUAAUAAAAUGAUCUUUACACAUUCAGAUAUUAUUCAUUAAGAGAUCAUUUACACAGGAGAUCAUACACCCAUCAGCCAUAACA